UCUUCGAAUCAUCAGAAUGCCGGUUCUUUGACACUAACUUUUGACAAACCAAAACAACGCGCUCAUCAAACGGCGUCUCGAAUCAGUAAUCGUAGAAGUUUGUGAAAAUAUCGAUAUAAAAUGUCGAAAGCACAUCCACCAGAGCUCAAGAAGUACAUGGACAAGCGGCUUUCCUUGAAGCUGAAUGGCGGAAGAGUAGUUUCUGGUAUUUUGCGCGGCUUCGAUCCGUUCAUGAAUGUCGUAGUUGAUGAAUCAAUCGAGGAAUGCAAAGAUGGAACCCGAAACAACAUCGGAAUGGUGGUUAUCCGGGGAAACAGUAUCAUCAUGGUGGAAGCAUUAGAUCGAAUAUAAGAUUGUAAAAUAUAAAUCAAUACAAGGCGAGAAGUACUGCAAAAUUUAAUGAGUGCCUUUAAUUCACUUCUUUUUGGCGACUGUUAAUAAUUCAAUAUUGAGUCUUUUUUUAUAUUUUUUGUGGACAAUACUCAUUGAUACUACUCAUCCAAAUAUUCUACCUGCAUUACGCUCUCGGUAUUUGUGUUUGAAAACUUUUCUAAAUUACGUCUACUACCUUUAGCCAAUGCGCCAUGUACCGUUUGUGCGUGUUGAUCCAGUUGAAAGGCAUAAAUAAACUCAGCAUUGCACAUUGCUUGGUCACAUUGGAAUCGUUCUCCUGUAUGGCGUCGGACGUGUAUCUGCAUAUCGUAACGUUGAAUAAAUUGCUUUGGACAGUGA